CUAUGAGAUCCCAGCAGAAUUGGCCCAGCCCUGAUAAUAUCUUUAUUUUUGUUUCCUAGAAGUGACACUGCCAGGGCGUUGCCACUGAGUGAAAUGAAAUGCCCAGACCAGGGAGUCUAAGGGCCGCAUGUGUAAAAUGCCCAAGGUGCAGCCUGCGCCCCCCAAAACCCAGAAGCACAGCUGCACUGCGGGGGGGUCACGCCGCCCCCUGUGCUCAGACCAUGAAUGGUCUGACAGGUGCCCUUCGGGGUGUCGCAUGCGAGGCCUCAUCGAUGAUGCGCAGAGAAUCUUCCAGGAGCGUUUAAAGAGGGUGUGUGCGAGGAUGGGAGAGGACAGACAUGAGAUUUCUAAAUCCAUGAUUGUGACCAAACAGCUGUACGCCGACCAGAGAAAACCCAUUGUGAGACAUUAUGUCGCUGAGAUGGAGUACCUGGAGCUCUUCGCACAGCUGCGCAGUAACCUGACAUCCCUGCGCAGACGUGCAGUUGAGCUGGCAGAGAGGCUUCGCGCGCAGUAUGGCCUCGUUCAGAGGCAGGUGACCGAGGCGAGGAAAGCGGAGGUGGACGUUGACAUUAAGAUCCGCAGCUGCCAUGGUUCCUGUGGAGGUGCCAUCAUGUACCAUGCCAACGUGGAGAGCUACCAGAGCCUGGAUCGAGAGCUGUCAUUGUUCGACCGAACAUCCAUACAGGAGAAGCGACCUAGCAGGACUCUAGCAAGGAGGCAAAUGAAGUCAAGGAGUAAAAAUCCGGCAUUUACCUCGUAUGGAAACCUGCCAUUGGAAAGACAAGAAUUUAUCAACCAGUUUGAAGACAUUGAACAAUAUCAGCUUGCGCUAGAACACGUGCUGGAAGAUCAUGACUAAUGAAACAUUCAUUGAUGUACGGAGUACAUACAUUAAUGGGUUCUAUACUUGUAUGUUGGCAGUUUGUAGCUAAAAAAGUGGUAGAGCAGUUUGCUGUGAUAACUACUGCCGGGGAUACAGUAACUAACUGUGUUUGUCAUGAGUACGUGGAAGGAUGGAAUCAUGCCUUUCCAUUCAUGACUAUGCUUUUCUCAGUUUUUCAAUUUGUCAGCAAUUUUAUAUUCAUGUUAGAACUUUUUAAUGUCCUUUACACUCCCUCAGCAACUGAGAUCUGAUACAGUCCUGAUGGCUAUAAUGUAUGUGACUUAUAGGUUAAGUUAAACUAACUAGUUAGAAUUAGUCACCAAAUGUUCCUUGGCGACCUUAAGAACACAGGGUGUUUGAUAUUUGAUGGUCUAUGAUUUCAUAAUCACCGUGAUCAGUGUGCAUCUGCUGCCCCUACUCCCCUAAAAGCCCCACAUCCUCCACCGCCCUCCAUCUCUCCAUUUCCUGAGGAAAUCCCCAGACGGAGCCAUCUUGUGAUGAAGCUGAGGCGACGCCUGGCUGGCCUCCCUCGUCUUCCUCCGCAGUCCGCGCGCUUCCGGCUGUGGAACUCCAUACUGACCGUGUACAAACACAGGGCAGGGGAAUCCACGCGGAAGACAUGCUAAAACAAAUGCAAACGUACAAUUAAUAAUAAAGAAAAACAUUGAAUGA